AUGCCUCUCUUGACCAUCCGAUCUCAAAAAAAGGUUCGAAUUUUCGAACCGGAUGGGCAAGUGUCGAGGGCAAGAACAUCGCCGUCCUCGACGACGCCGGCCGGAUUGGCGACCGGGAGACUCAGCGCGCCGGCGCCUUCCCCGCUUUGCGGCCGUCGGCCAAGCGGGACUGCGACGCCGGUGCACCAGCCAGCUGGCCCGAGCCCGAUACCAGGCGGGGACUCCAUCGGCCGAGCGACCAGCCCACUGCCGGCCGGCGUGUCUCGUCCCGCCGGGAGGACCCCGCGGAGAUUCUGCAGAACCUGGCGUCGGCCGUUCCGCCCGCUGUCGCCGGCGAAGCCACAUAAAGGCGGCCGCUGGCGAAGAGGCCAGCGGGAAGGCGAAGGUGAAGGAGAGCCGGUGGUGGAGGAGAAGGCGAGGCCGCUGGACAAGAAUUUUGGGUUCGCGAAGAACUUUCGGGCCAAGUAUGAGGUCGUGAGCGAGGUGGGGAGAGGGCAUUUUGGGCAUACCAGCUCGGCCAAGGUUAAGAAGGGGGAAUUCAAGGGACAGAUUGUUGCUGUUAAAACCAUCCCUAAAGCUAAGAUGACAACAGCUAUCGCAAUUGAAGAUGUUCGUAGGGAGGUGAAAAUCUUGAAAGCUUUAUCAGGGCAUAAACACCUUGUCAAGUUUUAUGAUGCAUGUGAGGACACUGUAAAUGUCUACAUAAUCAUGGAAUUGUGUGAAGGUGGAGAGUUAUUGGAUAGAAUUUUGGCCAGAGGAGGAAGGUACAUGGAGGAUGACGCAAAAGAAAUCAUUGCCCAGAUUUUGACUGUGGUUGCCUUCUGUCAUCUUCAAGGUGUCGUGCAUCGUGAUUUAAAGCCAGAGAAUUUUCUCUUCACCAGUAAAGAGGAAAGUGCUCCUAUGAAGCUCAUUGAUUUUGGACUUUCCGAUUUCAUCAGACCAGAUGAGAGAUUAAAUGACAUUGUUGGAAGUGCAUAUUAUGUUGCACCUGAAGUCCUACAUAGGUCAUACAGUACAGAAGCAGAUAUUUGGAGUAUUGGUGUAAUAACCUAUAUCUUGCUAUGUGGCAGCAGACCUUUCUGGGCACGCACAGAGUCAGGAAUUUUCCGUGCUGUAUUAAGAGCGGACCCUAACUUUGAUGAUUUACCCUGGCCUGCUGUAUCUGUAGAGGCUAAGGAUUUUGUCAGAAGGCUUCUAAACAAGGAUUAUAGGAAAAGAAUGACGGCAGCACAAGCCCUAAACCAUCCUUGGUUGAGAGACGAUCAACGGAGAAUCCCUCUUGAUAUCCUGGUUUUUAAACUAACAAAAUCAUACCUUCGCGCUACACCUCUCAAACGCGCAGCAUUAAAGGCUCUAUCCAAAGCUCUAACAGAAGACGAGCUUUCAUAUCUCAGGUUUCAGUUUAAGUUAUUAGAACCUAAUAAAGAUGGAUGUGUCUCAUUUGAGAACUUCCGAAUGGCACUCUUGCAAAAUGCAACAGAUGGAAUGCAAUUGUCGAAAGUUCCUGACAUCUUAAAUACGCUCGAGCCUCUAGCCUAUAGAAGAAUGAAUUUUGAAGAAUUCUGCGCUGCUGCAAUCAGCCCCUAUCAUCUAGAAGCUUUGGAAGGAUGGGAGCAAAUUGCCAGUACAGCAUUCGAACACUUCGAGCAGAAGGGGAAUAGAGUCAUCACUAUUGAAGAAAUGGCUCAGGAAAUGAACCUCGCCCCAGCGGCUUUUCCUAUCAUGCAAGACUGGAUCAGAAGCUCAGAUAGCAAGCUAAGCUUUCUUGGAUACACCAAAUACUUGCAUGGUGUGACAGUAAGAAGCUCCAACAUGAGGAUUCACCAAUAAUGUCAUCUUUUAACUUCUCGCUUAUGUAACUGCAUGUUUACCCCAUGAUUUCACAUCUUUUCUCACUAUACAUAUACAAGGCUAGCAAUUUUCAUAGCGUCCUCUUUCUUUUGCA